AUGGGCGCCCUGGGCCGGGUCCUGCUGUGGCUGCAGCUCUGCGCGCUGACCCGGGCCACCCACAAAAUCUGGGUCCCCAACACCGACUUCGAUGCCGCCACCAACUGGAGCCAGAACCGGACCCCGUGCGCAGGCGGCGCUGUAGAGUUCCCGGCGGACAAGAUGGUGUCAGUCCUGGUGCGAGAAGGUCACGCCAUCUCGGACAUGCUCCUGCCGCUGGAUGGGGAACUCGUCCUGGCUACAGGAGCUGGAUUCAGCGCUUCAGGCUCGGUCUCCGACCCGGACUGCAGCUCAG